AGCAAAGAGAGAUUUCAAAAUAAAGCCGUGUCGGAUCAGCAGAGCUUUGGCUUGGGCUGGACAGUCACCACUGCUUUUCUGCAGUCUGGAGGGAAUCACUGGAACUGGUUCCUUAAACUAAAAGAGGAGAUUACCAGCUGUGUAAGUGGAGGUGGCCAGAAAUCCCCAAAUAUGUUCCACUGCAAUGCACAUCCUUCACAGACGCAGCAAGGCUGUUCCAGCACCUUCCAAUUCCAAGAUGAAUUCUCCAUAUCCAAUAAACCCCGACCUGUUCUGUACGGUUCUCUCUACAAAGUGCCAUAAGAGGCAAGACUCUCCCCUAAAUAAAAAAUCUGUUGCUAAAAACAUAUCAUUGCCAGCACGCAGGGGACAGCAGCAGCACAGAGCUAUUCCCGAUGGGAAGAGGUGCUGGAGCACAUCCCUCCUGGGCAGGGGUGCUGGAGGGACGGCAGCAGCUUGGUCUUGCUCCAGUGGGUUGUCCAGUGAGUGAUUCCCGUUUCCCCUAAGGCUGCCUCUCAUUAGCAUGAAACGGGGGAAGGGCAUAAAAGACUCCAGUUCAUUGUGAGUCUGGAAAAAUACUUCGAAAUGACAAGCCAAGUGUUGUGGCUCCUCUGCUUUGCCAUUAGCUCAUCCUCGGGAUCCCUGCCCUAUGCUGAGAAAGCUGGCCAGGCUCUCAGCAAAGAUGCUUUUAGUUCAGCAGCUGCUGCCCCUGGGCAGGUGAAGCUGCCAGCCCGUGGCACCAGCAGUGCCAGUGGGAAUUCCAGGGAACGCUGGCUCCUGCCUCCCGCCCACCCGCAGCCGCCAAAGCCUCCCGAAAUCCCCUCCCUGCCCUGGGACAAGAAGAAACGCACCAAACCUUCCCUGGAGAACAGCACGGGGCUGAGGAAACACCUCUGGCAGCCCCUGGAGAGCCCAUCUGAGGAGCCUUUGCCCAGCUCCCAGGACUCCAGCCAGGCCAACAGGAAGCACACGGAUCGGCGCCGCGCCGGCGCUGCCAACAGCGUGUCCGCCCGCGCCCCCCACGCCACGGCCCCCCAGCAGCACGGGCCAUCCACACGGGGGGCUCAUCCUCUGCCAGGCUCACCGCAGCCAGGAGAUCCCAACACGCUGCUCUUCAACCGCCCGGGCCAGACCACCCCCCACAAACACCCCAAGCCCUUCGCCAGGACCCCCAAACCCUCCUGGCUCACCAACCGCUGGUCCCCCGGCCCAGCCCCCCGGCUGGGAGUGCUGAGGGAAGGUGGUGACGAGGAGAAGGAGUGUCUGACCCAGUGCAGGGGAGAGUGGGAUGAAGUGGAGGCCUUCUGUGCCAGUGAAUUUGCAGUGAAUGGAAUUGUUCAUGACAUGGAAAGCCUGGGGAAUGGAGUCCACUGGAUCACCCUCCUGGUGAACGGUGAUGGAUUGUACAAGAUGAGCCGCCUGUACGUCGUUCCCGAUGCCGCCUUCUUCCGAGUUCACAUCCUGCUUGUGGAUACUUUGAACUGCAGUAAACCCUGUCCAGACUUCAAACUUGGGAGCAGGUACAUCGUGAUGGGGCGGAUCUUCCACAAGCGCCGGGAGCUGCCGGCGGAGCUGCUGCCGGCGCUGCAGGGGCGGCUCCGCCCGGGCGAUGGCUGGAUCGGGAACAGCGGCGGCUUCGUCAGGAGGUUCAACAGGAAAAGGGAUCACAGGGUGCAGGCGGCGCGUUCCAAGUGUCCCUGAGGGCCGGUGGCUCCGUCCAGGACACGGGGAGCAGCGGGAUCCAUCCCC